UUACAUAGUACAUACUAUAUAAUAUUUAGGGAGAAAAUUAUAUUUUGAUUCGGCACGUCCGUCCGUUCUGUCGUUAUUCAUUUUUUUGGAGUACAAUCUUUCUUAGUCCCCUGACAUUUUUUCAUUUCGCUACAACUAGACAUUCACAACAUCGAUCACCAUGAGUUACUGGAGGGCCGCUGGAUUGAACUAUGUUAAUUAUUCCAACAUCGCUGCAAAAGUUGUAAGGAGAGUGUUGAAACCAGAACUCCAAGCUAAUGCAAGCAAACGUGAUGAAACACAUGUAAAAUUUACCCCAUGGGUUAAGGGAAAGCCAUCCAAGCCAGGUCAAUAGUCGAUUUAACAAAAGUGACACAUUCAAAGUUAUAAGUAAAAUUCAUUGUAACAUGUUGUUUUAGUUCAACUGAAUGUAAUUUAUUUAAUAAACAAACUUACAUAUUAAUUUACAUCAGUUAUAAUUAUGUAUAAUUAUAACUAUCAUUACAAAUUAGUGUUUUUUUUUUUUAUGUAAUAAAGCUGAAAAAAUCUUUUUUUAAUAAAAAUGUAAGAUUAUAAAAUAUG